AAAAACUUUUAUUGUUGUUGACACCAACUCUUCAAUCUUUAAAUAACAAUAUAAAAGAUAGUAAUAGCUCUCUAGAAGUAAAAACAGAUCUUCCUAGUAGCUUCCUUGUUAGAACUGCACUAAAAGUAGUGAAAAUCGACUCUAAUAAAUUAACAGAAAAAUCUUAUAAAAUUACUUCAGAAAAAGCAACAAAUAUAGCAGCUCAAAGCAAAAGAGAGAGUUUGUUAAUGCUUCUUGCAGAGUAUACUAAUGAUGUGGUAAUAAAUCAAAAUGCUCAUUCAAUCCAAUCCUGCAAAGACUCUCUUUGGUCACUAGUCACAAAAUUGGUAGAAUUAUUUAAAAACCAAGAUUUAGCAAAAUAUGAUUUAUUCAAAGGCGCAUUAGGAAUCAAUGAGGAAGGUAUUAAAAAAAUUCUUGUCUGUUACAAAUCUGGAAAAUUAUGUCUUGAAGCAAUAUUUAGACAAGAUAUGUAUAAAAUAAAGCCAUGUAUAACUUCUGGACGUAAGGAAAUCUUGUAUAUUCAACUAAAUGAUCCACUUGCAUCGCCUAUAACAUCACAAUUUCAGUCUCUUGAAACUCCUGAAGCUCAUAUUUCUAUAGAUAUUAAUAGAGGGCAAAGACGACAAAGAACUACAGAGGUAGAAAAAAGAAUACUUGCUUCAUUACUUGAGUAUAGACAAUCACUACCAAUUUCUAUGCUUAUGAAGAAAGUUGAAGAACUUAAUACAGUCUCUUCAGAUUGGACUGUUGAUAGAAUUAGGCAAUAUUGGAACAAUAAUCGAACAAGAAAUCCUAAUUGA